AUGAUUGAACCUGCCGGGUUGAUUUAUCCUCCAGUAGCUCCAGUUGAUCAUGAUGACACCUUCGCUGUUCCUGAUGUUGGCUUCUACCCUCACAGUGGUGGGACAGGUGGUAGUAUGCACGUAGGUCCAAAUGAUCCACGCUUCUUUCCUACAAAUCCUUCUACUCCUUUUGGUGACCUUGGGAGUGUUCCGCCCGGUAGACGCUAUGAUCCAAUUGGCACGCCCGGUGUUCCAGGAUUUGAACCAUCUCGCUUUGUGAGGUAAGUUGGCUUUUCUUAACAUUUUCUAUAGACCCACUUUAUGCUUGGCAACCGGUAAGGCUCAAGAUGGCCUGUUAUUGUAUCUGAUACUAUCGCUUUAGAAAGGUUUGUUGUCUCAAGUAAGAAACAAACCGUUCUUAUAGUUCAUUUUUUUCGCGUUGAUUGCUAACUCACAUCCAAUGCAACAUCUAGCACAAUACAAAUUUCUAUAUAUUCUAAUUUAUUUCUUAAGCAAGACCCAGUGCAGCCAAGAGGACAGUUUUGUCGUGUUUAGUUUAUCAUUAUGUAAAAUAUUUUGGGUACUUGCUCUGUUGACUGGCCUUAUGUUGAAUAGUUUUGAUAUUCCAGUUUAUAAUUUCGAGUUUUUGACCCUGGUUCCUUGUAUAUAGUGUGAAGGAUUUCUUCUCUGAAGAACAGACCAGGAAUUAUAAAGAUUUGCACAAGAAUUUUACGGACUUCAUUCAUAUCCUGAACUUAAGCUUAUUGGCUGAAUUGAAUGGUAAGGAUGCUGCUGCCGCCCAGAAUCCUAAUGUUGAGAGCAGUUCGUCAAUAAACAGGUAUUUCUAUGCUCGGUUUUAAACUUGUGGCAUGUCCCAUCUCCAUCUUUGACACUAAAAAUAAGACUAAGUUCCUGUUUAUCUCAUCGCAAACAAAUAAUCUAGUAUACUGCCCUCUGUAAUUACUUCCAUGUUGCACUUUUACUUGGUACAAAUGAAUUAAUAUCAUUAUUUAGGGAAUUCUGGAUUUUAUGGUAAUAUUCUGAUGAUUUUCCUCCUUUGCCUAAAGUUUAACUUCCAAAGCUUUUCUGUUGUAGCCGACCCCAUUUUUUAAUAAUUCCCUAACACGUGGCCCUUCUCCUUGCAGUUCUGGAAAUGUUAUGUUCGAAAACCCA